GCAGCUUCAAAGCCGCUGCUGUGUUCAAGUCAAGCUAGAGGAAGAAGGAGAUGGCCGUCUAGCAAGGAAGCCUACCUCUGACAUUUCGUCCUCAAGAUUCUCUUUUAUCUCCAUAUUUUCACCGCUAAAGUCGGAGGAGGAUAUUUAGAAUAUUUAUUCCUCUCACAAAAUGGCAGAACAAAACAGCAACGUCCGAUAUCAAGAGUUGGUGAAUGAAGAAGAACCGGCCCAGCCUUCCCAGGAGAGUCCUUCCCAGGAUGCCCCACCACCCUACAGCAGCGUUGCAGCUGCAAACGCAGCUUUCUUUGAGUACAAGGAGGAAGGCGGAAGAUUUCCAAACCCUCCAUCGUACAGCGUUGCCACCACCUUGCCCUCCUACGAUGAAGCCGAGAGAAGCAAAGCAGAGGCCGCCAUCCCCCUGGUUACCGGAAGAGUCUCGGAGGAAGACUUUGUGGCCAGAGAGGAUUUUGAUGAUGCUGACCAGCUGCGAAUAGGAAACGACGGCAUCUUCAUGCUCACUUUCUUCAUGGCAUUCCUGUUCAACUGGAUUGGCUUCUUUUUGUCAUUUUGUCUGACCACAUCAGCUGCUGGCCGAUACGGAGCCAUCUCAGGCUUUGGCCUGUCCCUCAUCAAAUGGGUCCUUAUUGUCAGGUUUUCCACCUAUUUCCCUGGUUACUUUGAUGGGCAGUACUGGUUGUGGUGGGUGUUCCUGGCCCUCGGCUUCAUGCUGUUCAUCAGAGGCUUUGUCAACUACUCUAGAGUGCGCAAAUUGGUUGAUCCCGCCUACGCAACUCUGCCCAGAACAAGGGAUGGGGACGGAUCAGGACAGAAGAAGAAGAAGAACGGUUUAAAAUCCCACCAAGAGACUUGACCAGAAAUCUGCCUGAAGAGUUUGAGAUGAAGAAGAUCCAGGACAGCAAAUUAUUCAGGAAUUAUAUCACUUGUUUUUCUUUUUGUUUUGAAUCUUUAUUAAUGGAACAUGGUUAACAGUAAUAGUCCCUUAAUGUACUCGAGUAGUGGCAAAUGUCAAGUGCUAUUUACAUCUGUCUGUAAUGUAUGAGUAAUGCCUUAUAUCAUUUGAUGGUAGCAUAAGAGCAUGCGGCUGCCCGUGAGGCUAACAACUAUGGAGAGUCUCAUGUCUGCAGCACUUCAAGCCAACAGAUAUUGACUAGUGCAACACUGUAGAUUUGCCAUAGCAUGCAACACUUUGUAAUCUGCUCUAAUAUCACUGAAUGGUUCUAUUAGCCUGUUUUUAGUGACCAACUCCACCUACAGCACAAGCUGUAAGUGCUAUAGAUGCGUAACCACAAAUAUUUCUCUCACCUGUUGGCUAUAAGCAGCGUUAUCUGCUCUGUAGCCACAAGGGGGCAGUAUUGUCAGUAGAUUUCAGUCAUUCAUAAAUGUCCAUGGACAUUUCAUAACAAAACGUGAAAAAACAUGUUUAAAACUGUGGCGCACCGACAAAAUAAUGUGGUAAUUUUCUUGUAAAUGAAAUCAGGUGAACUGAUCUCAACCUGACAACAGUUUCAGAGAUGAUUUUAAAAGCCCUAGCCUGUAUUUUCAAAUGUCAAGCUGCUGCCGGCCAUCCCGUGACCCACGCUGUCCACAGAGGAGUCCCAGAGCUUCUCUGCUGACAGCAAAGGGGUGCAGUGCUUUUCUCUGACAGAAACCAUGUGGAGACUAUGAGCUCAUCUUCUGCUCCUGGCUUUGGAGAAGCUGAUGCCAAAGCCGUGGACGUCUGUCAGACGGCGAACAUCUCGAUGUCUGUCAGUGGAAAAGCGGCGUGACCAUAGAAACGUCUCCUCUGCUUGAACUACAGCUGUUUAAUGAUAUUUGAGACAGCUGGAUCAAAUUAUUUGGUCUUUAAAAAAAAUGACUUAAAUUCCACCUACAGGCGAGUUUUAGCCUUAAGGUUUAAUUGACACGUGGAGAAAUGUUUGUGGCUUUUCUCAAAGCGUGUAGGUCUCAGUUGUGUCCAAUAAUGCCGUCUGCAGGCCCUUUUAAGACCAUGACCAAUAACCCACAGGUUGUUCCAUCAUUCUACUUAGUCACACAUUAAAGAAGACAGCUAUGCUCAUCAUCAGUUAACUUCAUCUUUCUGCCAUGGCUUUGAAUACGGAUCAGUUGAGCUUGUUUCUAUGUGAUGUGGAGCUACAAGUUUGGGGUUUUGUUGUUAUGAAACUGUACAGAAAAUCUUAAGUGUUAAAUAAAUGUCACUUUCAAUGCG